CUUUUGCUUACAAAUAAAGAGUUAAUAAAAAAAAUUUAAAAAUAAAUAAUAAAAAAAAAAACAGUACCAGUGACUCGUAGCAGCAGCGACAGCGAACGCGUCAAAAAUUGUGCGUCUUAUCUAUGAAGUUAUUGAAUAUCUCUCAAAACAGAGAAAAUAUUUUGCGACUAAAUUAAGCACAUAAAGCGCUGUUAAGUAGUCAAGUGGGUGCGACAGUGAGUUGUGACGUCUUAGAAAUAUAAGCCUAACAAAAAACACAAACAAAAAAGCUGCAAAAAAAAACAAAAAAAAAAACGAAACCGAAAGAAUUUAUUACGUCAGGGAACUGAAUUGGAGUGGAAAAAGCCCGCGUGUGUGCGCGCUUGACAUGUGUGUGAGUGUGUGCGCUUAGUAAACAGCCGUCGGCAAGCAAAGUGUAGUGAAGCGCGGUAAAGUAUUGAGCGGAUUGUAAACUGAGCUGACCUGAGCAGAGCUAAUAUUCUAAAGAUUUUUCUCAUAAUGGCUAAAAUUAUGAUAUCAACUACAAAAAAUUAAUAGAGUUCCUAAAAUUGCAUGUGAGUGCAUGAGAUAAAAAACGCUGCAGCAUCGUUUUGAUUGGCGCAUAAUUUACCCGCGAAGCAAGUCAUCGCAGUUGGGAGUAGACAAGAACAAAAGGCACAAUGACGGCCACAUUACAUAAAUGGGAUAAGUUGUCACCGCGAGAAUUCCAACAUUUGCAGGAAUUGGCAUCAUAUUCGACUAGAAAGCUGCAGGAUGUGUUGCAGGAAUUUUGUGCGCCACAUGCCUCACCCAAAUUCAAUCCCGAUGGGGACAUUGAUUACGAUGGUUUUCGCCGCUUUCUUGAUGCAUUUCUCGACUGCGAGACACCAGUCGAUUUGGCCAAACAUCUUUUUGUUUCCUUCCUCAAGCCGAAUGUCACACAGUCCCAGCUGCAUGGCAAGGCGCUCAAUCAAAUGGCAGCUAUCAGCAGUACGACGGCUUGUGCGGCUGUCACAUCGCAUACAAAGGGCUCCAUUCCAAAUAUAAAUAGCAUAGCUGAAAUUGCAGCGCCGCCAGCUAGCGAAUCACGUAAUACCUUCGUGGAGAAGAUUCAUGGCAUCACCGACAAGCUGCAUUCGUUGAGUGGCCAUUUGACACAUGAUCCCAGCAAAACGGGUAGCGUACAUCCCAUGGUCACUGUUACGCCCAGUCCACUUGCCAGCGGCCCAUCGAUAUUCCAAAGCAGCGCUGCGGCGCGUCGUUCCGUCGAUUCGAGUCCAUCACAUUCGCAAGCGAAUCACUCGCAGAUGUCACGCAACUCAUCAAAGAAAAGCAGCAAUUCGGUUAAUUGUAAAAUCGAUACUGAUAUCAAACUUCUUGCACGCAAACUUUCACACUUGGAUCCGUUGACGCUGAAAGUGCCGCUCAAAGAUGUUGUCUGCUAUUUAUCAUUGCUGGAAGCUGGACGACCGGAAGAUAAGCUCGAAUUCAUGUUUCGAUUGUACGAUACCGAUGGCAAUGGCGUCCUGGAUACCGCCGAAAUGGAUGCGAUUGUUAAUCAAAUGAUGGCUGUUGCCGAAUAUCUUGGCUGGGAUGUUAGCGAAUUGCGACCGAUUCUGCAAGACAUGAUGGUGGAAAUUGACUACGAUGCCGAUGGUACAGUUUCCCUAGAAGAAUGGCAACGCGGCGGCUUGACAACAAUACCCCUGCUGGUAUUGCUGGGCGUUGACAAUACAGCACUGAAGGAGGAUGGCAUCCAUGUGUGGCGCUUAAAACAUUUCAGCAAACCGGCAUACUGUAAUCUCUGCCUGAAUAUGUUGGUUGGCCUUGGCAAGAAGGGUCUCUGUUGUGUGUUAUGCAAAUAUACGGUACAUGAACGUUGCGUGCAACAUGCGCCCGCCUCCUGCAUCACCACCUACGUCAAAUCGAAGAAGGCCAAAGGUGGCGGCGAUCUGCUACAUCACUGGGUCGAAGGUAACUGUUACGGUCGCUGCUCCAAGUGCCGCAAACGCAUCAAGGCAUAUCACGGCAUCACCGGGCUGACAUGUCGUUGGUGUCACAUGAUGCUUCAUAAUCGCUGCGCCUCCUCGGUGAAAAAGGAAUGUACACUCGGCGAGUAUGCGGAUUUAAUUGUACCUCCAACGGCCAUCUGUCCGGCAGUCUUGGAUCGCCAGCGCUCAGUAAAUCAAGCCAGCAAAGCCACACACUUUCAAAUUACCCCGCCCAACGAAAGUAGCUGUCCGCUGUUGGUGUUCGUCAAUCCGAAAAGCGGCGGCCGGCAAGGUGAUCGCAUAUUGCGGAAAUUCCAAUAUAUGCUCAAUCCGAGGCAAGUUUAUGAUCUAUCCAAGGGUGGACCGAAGGAAGGUUUAACGCUUUUCAAGGAUUUACCAAAUUUCAAAGUGAUUUGUUGCGGUGGUGACGGCACAGUCGGUUGGGUACUGGAGGCGAUGGAUUCCAUUGAGCUUGCCACACAACCAGCCAUUGGUGUCAUACCGCUGGGCACUGGUAACGACUUGGCGCGCUGUUUACGCUGGGGUGGCGGCUAUGAGGGCGAAAAUAUCCCUAAGCUAAUGGAGAAAAUUAAGCGGUCAUCGAUUGUGAUGUUAGAUCGUUGGAGUAUCGAGGUGACGAAUGCGGUGCCUGUGGAGGAGGUCCUUCGACCAAAGGUCACGCUUCACUCGAAUAUGCAGAAAGUGAUUGAGCUAUCACAAAGUGUUGUGGUCGAGAAGGCGCUUUUCGAAAAAUUCGAGGAGAUUCAUCGCAGCACCAGCGUUUGUACGAAUAUAUGCAGCACCAGGCAAGAGCACAUGUCCACAAUGGCGUCAACAUCAUCUAUGAGUUCGUCGAUUACCACAGCCACUGAAUAUGCCACAGAGGCGGCGACGACGACGACGGGUGGCUGCUGUGACGGCGCUGGAGGUGGUGCUGAUGCUGGCGAUGAUAGCAACGGUGGCACUGGGCGCGCAACCAAAAGCAUAUCAAUGUCGACAUUCGAAACGAAACGCAUACUCGCCACACUCAGUAAUAGCAGCAGCAGUUGCAGCAGCACCAGCACGAUUAUUAAACAACAAAAGCAGCAGCAGCAGCAGCAAGAGGAGCAAGAACGACAGAGUGAAAAUCACGAAAAAUCGCAAUCAGAAGACCUACAAUCACCUGGCGUACCACAAAUGCCGGAAACGGCUAAAAGUGAUGGUGUUAGUGCAGCUGCUGGUAAUGAUGAUGAUAAUGUUGGCGACAAAAAUAACAAUAACAGUACCAAUAACAAUGAAAAUAACAGCGAUAAAAGCAACAAUAGUGUUGUGGCAUUCGAUGAGCUCAAUUCAAUGCAUGCAACCAAUGCGCCAACAGACAUUCCAAACAACGCUGACAGCGUGCAGAAAGACCAAAGCGGGAUGGCGGCAGAGCAAGCAGCAGCUAGUGGGCAGCAAGAGCAACAAUUGCAAAGACCAGCAAGCAGCAAAAGCAUAUCAAUACCGGUAGAUGGCACUGCACACUGCACAUCAGCCCCCCCAGAAGCUACCAGCAGCAGUGGCAUCAGCAUCAGCGCCACUGCCAACACUAACACAAACCCUACUAGUUACAUUAGCAACGAUGUUGAGUGUUCAGCUGCAGCCACAGCAACGGCAGCCACGGCCGCGGCCACUUCAGCUAUAGUGCCAACAACGCCUUUAUCCCCUACAACGCCAUUCUUACCCGUUGAGUGUUCUCCCACGCAUUCACCCGCUGCCAAAGAGGCGGAUGAGGCUGUUGCAGCGCCUCUAUCUCCAACAGCAUUUGCAGAUUCUGCAACAACGAUGGACGGCGCAUCAGCAGCUAAAAGUCAGGCAUCGACUUGUUUGCCGAAGCAAAUCAAAGUGCAGCCGGAAAAAGAUUGCACAGUGCCCUACAACAUCAUCAACAACUACUUUUCGGUUGGUGUGGAUGCAGCAAUUUGUGUCAAGUUUCACUUGGAGCGCGAGAAGAAUCCACACAAAUUCAACAGUCGCAUGAAAAAUAAGCUGUGGUAUUUUGAAUAUGCCACUUCGGAAACAUUUGCUGCAUCAUGCAAGAAUCUUCAUGAGAACAUAGAAAUUGUGUGCGAUGGCGUUUCCCUCAAUUUAGCAAAUGGACCACAUCUACAGGGUGUCGCUCUACUAAACAUUCCUUACACUCAUGGCGGCUCGAACUUGUGGGGUGAACAUCUUUCGCAAAAGCGAAUGCGCAAAAGUGCUGGUCCAUUUCGAAAAGGCAAGAAACUGAGAUCCUCGGAUAAGGAACUUUCAGCGACAAGUUUCACAUCUGUCGAUCUGUCAGUUGCAACUCAAGAUUUCGGUGAUCGCCUAAUUGAGGUUAUAGGUCUGGAAAAUUGUUUGCACAUGGGUCAAGUGCGUACCGGUCUUCGUGCCUCUGGUCGACGCUUGGCGCAAUGUUGUGAAGUAAUUAUUAAGACGAAGAAAACAUUUCCUAUGCAAAUUGAUGGCGAACCAUGGAUGCAAGUACCUUGCACGAUUAAAGUCACCCAUAAGAAUCAAGUUCCUAUGCUAAUGGCGCCACGUUCCGAAAAAGGUAGAGGCUUCUUCAAUUUACUUUGCAGCUGAUUUCGGCGGAGCGUAUCCGCUAGUAGUUCCAUAGGGGCAUCACUAACGGAACGACACCAACAACAACACAAAGAAACCACCGUCCAACACAUAGAAUAGCUUUAAUUUUUAGCAACAUACAUACAUACAUACAUACCACAACAAGUCCUGUAAUCGCAAAACGGAAAACGAAAGUGGAGAAAUAUUUAAAUGAAUAAAAUGAAGAGAAACUAUUUUAUGCAUAUACAUACAUACAUAUAAUACAAGGAGAAAAAAACAAAAACAAUUGUAAACCUGUUAUGCAGUUUAGAAAUAGAAACCUCUGCAGUGUGAAGAGAAUUUUUAUCAUAGAAAGUUGAGAAGCGAAAAAAUACAAAUUUUAAUGCAUUCGUAAUGUGAGCUUUAAUUUAUUUUUUUAUAGCAUAUUUUAGU